GAGAGUGGAAAUAUCCUUUUGGUUGCAUCAACUAUAGAUGGAAUGCAUUUCCUCCACUAUGAUGGAUGGCAGUUUAUUGAAAGCGAGCUCAGUACACAAUUACAAAAUGUAACCAAGCAGAGAGUCGAAAGCAUCCGUGUCUACGAAUUUGAAGGAAAGCACGUUAUUGUCAGCAGCAGCAGAAAUGAAAGCAAUAUGUUUGAAAUAACUUUUUUAUCAAAAAACAAACUCAAGCAGGAACAUGAUCAGCUGCUCAACUGGUGUCAGGAAAAUUUGAACAUUAUUGACUCGAAGGAUCUUCUUAUUUUAGGAGAGAAGCCAAGAGGAGAUGUAAUUGAGGUAACUGACAGCGCUUCACAAACAAAAAUGUCCACUUCGGAUAAUCUAGCAUUGAGUCUCCGCACAUAUCAAUCAAAAUUAUCCAAAAUGGAAGACGAUAUAGAAAAAUCCCUUCAGCUGAAUAAGGAACAUACGAUAAAGGGAAAUAUAACAGCCAGAAAUAUAAUUUUGAACGUCGACGCAGUUUUAGAUUCAGUACAUUUCCACAUGAUUAACAACAUUGCGUUGAACGGUAUCCUUGAAAAUUCCCUGAAUGUAAAUGAAGGUUUCAGUCUUGACUCGCGAAUCGAAUUCGAUUUCUUGAGAAGCGAAGAGCCUUUAUUUCCCGAGAAAAUCAAUGGUAAUCCAGUUGAUAAAAUAUUACGUACAAGCGACAACUCUUCUGUGAGUAGCUUUACAGUAAUUGGUAACGUCAAUUUUACUAACGACGUUACACUGAAAGAUGAAAUUGAUAACGCAACCUUCAGUGGUGAAUCAGAAAUGCUUCUUGAUGGUAAUCAAACUUCUGAAAACAUUUCAAGCAGUAAAAAUGACGCGAAGAAUAUCGAAACCGAAGAUUUGAACGAUCAUCAAUUGAGAAUGAAUGAACCAGAUAAUGUUGAAAGAGCUGGAAAUGGUAAAGCUUCAGUGAAAAAUCUCAAUAAAUUGAGAGUUAAAAACUUGGUAGUGAGUGGGUUCGUGAACGAUUUGGAUUUGGCCACCUUGUUUAAAUAUGCUUUGAGAAAAUCUGGACCACAAAAUAUAACGAAAACAUAUUUUAUCGAUAACCUUGUCGCUGAUAUAAUCAACACAGACAAUAUAUCAGGCAAGCGAGUUUCUACUCAUCUCAUACCGAUCACCGGAGGAAACUACACCGUAAAUAAGGAUGUGAUGUUCACCAAUGAUUUAUCAGCCAAAAAUCUCUUCGCAGCGGAGUUCCUGAACGACGUGAUCGUACGGGACGGGAAACUCGAUAUUCUUCUGAAGGAUUCCAAAGUGAAGCAAUUCGUCACUGGAAUGAAAUCCUUUGAAAAUUUAGAACUGUUAGACGCCAUAAACUUGCAAGGGAAAAUAAAAGGCAAACCCUUCGAUAGUAUGAAUCCGAUAGUUAGAGUCGAUUCCAGUCUCGAGAAGGAUGAGGAUGUGAGGAUUACUGGGGAUGUAAUAGUAGAGGAGGUGAUGAUAUUAGGCGAUAUCGUAACGGCAGACGGAAAGAAUUCCUUGUUGCGACUACAGAAGAGCGGGUUCAAAUUAAACGAGACUGUGAUACCGAUGCGAAUGAGAUUUUCCCAGCACAUAAACGUCCACGAACUAUCCGCAGACAAAAUUAACAAUAUCGAUCCGGCUACGUGGGUAGUAAAUGGAGCAAAACAAAUUCAAAUCAUUCCGGGAUGGAAGCAGUUCGUCGGUGAUUUAGAGAUUACCGGUGAUACGAGAGUUUUGAGAAUAAAUGACAUCGAUAUGACCGAAUUAGAGACUAACGUACUGAAAAAAGAAGGCGAUCAAGUAAUAAGAGGGAAGCAUUACGUUAAAUUUGUUGCAGUCGAAAAAAGAUUGAUUUCAAGGAAUACAACGUUCGGCCCUCGUCCUUGGAAAGAUGUGAUAACAACGACCGGAGAGCAAGAAAUAACAGGAACAGUCCUAUUCAGGGGAAACGUAUCUGCUAACUUCACAACAGCGAGUACAUUGAAAGUCGAUGGUCUGAUCAAUGAUUUGAAUUUCUCAGAAAUCACAAACGACGCAGUUACUGUGAACACCCCCUUCAAAGUUUUCGGCACGAAAACAUUUCAGAAUAUAACUGUCGAUGAGUUGAACAUUGUCGACGACUUCGAUUUCAGCCAGUACUUGGAUCCGAGCAGAAAUGUUUUCAUUAUGAAAAACCUGAACAACUUGGAGAAUUUGACAGUUGAAAAUCUUCAUUUCAGUAACAAGAUCAACAAUGUUGAUCAAAGUAGUUUGUUAACUUCUGGAGAGGAAGAAAACACUACGUUGAUUAUUGAUGGAGAUAAAAACAUUGAGAGAAUUGUUGUGUACGGAAAUGUAUUCGUCGAGUCCAACCGUAUAAAUCACGUUGAUCUAGAGGAUUUUCAAUUCAAAACCGUGAAAAUAGAUGAACCGUUUCAUUUUGAUUUUGUCGAUUUUGCUAAUGACGUCAUUGUGAGCGACACAAUAGCCCUAGACGGUCAGAUCGACAAUUUGGACUUGGAGAAUAUUUUCCAAAACACUGGAGAUGUCUCGGAUAUUAUUAUGGAUAAGAAGCACUUCCAUAAAAACGUUCGAAUAGAUGGCAAAGUUCAUAUCGAUGGGAAACUAAACGAAGUUAAUGUUUCGGAUCUGUGCAACUUCGCGUCAGUCGACAGAGAGGGGAAGAAGCUUGUUGUAGAAGGAAACGCUCAUUUUGCCAAAGGGCCGCACGUUCUUCAAUUUAACGAAAACAAUGUUCACGAUCUUGAGAAAAAUGUUUGGUUCAAAGAUAGAGAAGCCAUACUGAAAGGGGAUUUUGACUUCAAGAAAAACGCCACAUUCAGAGACGAUAUAAUUGUGAAGGGACUCAUCAAUAAUGUCGAUAUCAACCAUCUAUCACAAAAUUAUCUGAGUAAAACUAAAAGACAGAAUAUAACAGCACCAAUUACCUUCAAAGAUGGGGUUGUGUUCGAGAAAGUUUCAGUUCCUGAAUUACUCGUAGAAGGAGGUGUAAACGAUAUCAAUUUAGCAACUUUUCUGAAUGAAAUUCUCCUUCACCGGCCACAACUUUUUGAAGAUCAACUUUAUUUUGAAGAAAUUCAAACAGACAGUGUGACAGGAACCUAUUUAGUGAAUAAAUUGAAUCUGGAAUCCGACGUGAUGAGAUAUGACAAGCCAAAUACGAUUACCGGUCCAAAAAGGUUUAAAAAUCUCGAUAUUGGCAUUUUACGCUCGGAGAGAAAUAUCACAGUGCAGGAUGUAGACGUCAAUUAUUGGCUGACGAAUGCCAUCCUGAAAACCGCAGGAACUUUCAGCAUUUCAGGAAAGAAAUCUUUCAGGAACAUUACAGCAGCAGACGGGCUAAG